CGUCACGCCGGCGCAGCUCACGUAGGCACGUGACGGUGACGGAAUCGCAGUCAGCUGAUAAAGCGGCAGAUUGCGGAGUCACGCGCUUCAGCUCCAGUUUUGCGGGUGUACGCGGAGCAGCAUCAUGAGGGCCGCGGUGCUGUGCGUGAUUGCUGCGUUGGCGCUGAGCGGGGAGGCGCUGAUCCGAAUUCCACUGAAGAAGUUCCGUUCCAUCAGGCGUGAGCUGACCGACUCUGGCAGGGAAGCCCACGAGCUCCUGGCCGACAAACACUCCCUCAAAUACAACCUGGGCUUCCCGUCCAGCAACGGACCCACACCAGAGACCCUGAAGAACUACCUGGACGCUCAGUAUUAUGGUGAGAUCGCUCUGGGCACGCCCCCCCAGCCCUUCACCGUGGUGUUUGACACCGGCUCCUCCAACCUGUGGGUGCCCUCCGUCCACUGCUCCCUGCUGGACAUCGCCUGCCUGCUGCACCACAAGUACAACUCCGCCAAGUCCAGCACCUACGUGAAGAACGGCACGUCCUUCUCCAUCCAGUACGGAUCCGGCAGUUUGUCUGGUUACCUGAGCCAGGACACCUGCACGAUCGGGGACAUCUCUGUGGAGAACCAGGUGUUUGGGGAGGCGAUCAAGCAGCCCGGGGUCGCCUUCAUCGCUGCCAAGUUUGAUGGGAUCCUCGGUAUGGCGUACCCCCGCAUCUCUGUGGACGGGGUGGUUCCAGUGUUUGACAACAUCAUGCAGCAGAAGAAGGUGGACAGCAACGUCUUCUCCUUCUACCUGAACAGGAACCCGGACACGGAGCCCGGCGGGGAGCUGCUGCUGGGAGGAACAGACCCCAAAUACUACAGCGGCGACUUCCACUACGUCAACAUCAGCCGGCAGGCCUACUGGCAGAUCCACAUGGACGGGAUGGCGGUGGGCAGCCAGCUCAGUCUGUGUAAGGGGGGCUGCGAGGCCAUUGUGGACACGGGGACGUCCCUGCUCACCGGCCCGUCGGCAGAGGUCAAAGCUCUGCAGAAGGCCAUUGGAGCCAUCCCACUCAUCCAGGGAGAGUACAUGAUAAACUGUGACAAGAUCCCGUCUCUGCCCGCCAUCACCUUCAACAUCGGUGGUCAAAGCUACACACUGACUGGUGACCAGUACGUCCUGAAGGAGAGUCAGGCGGGGAAAACCAUCUGCCUGAGUGGCUUCAUGGGGCUGGACAUCCCGGCCCCCGCAGGCCCGCUCUGGAUUCUGGGAGACGUGUUCAUCGGACAGUACUACACCGUGUUCGACCGCGACAGCAACCGGGUGGGCUUCGCUAAAUCCAAGUAAAGGUGUGCGGCGCUGGAAUCUGCACGUGAUUCUGCUGCUGUGGGGUGUAGAGCGUAGAGCUGAAUGCACUGAUCAGGCCGCUGACGAACACAGACAGGGGGGGGGUGACUCCAGGAUCAAAUGAUCAGAGCUUCUCUUGUGAAAGUGAUCUUUGUUUUAAUUCUUUUUUGGAAUCAGGGAGUUUUAUUGUGAUCUUUUGGGGGACUGCUCUUCAUUUCUGACGCUGAUGGAUUUGAGUUUAAUAAAAGUCUGAGGAGGUGACUCGACUCAA